AUGACUGAUACAACAUUUAUUCCAUUACCACAAGGUGCUGGUUAUGCAAUUAUUGUCGGUUUAGGUGCCGUAUUUGCUUUUGGUAUGAUUCUAACGACGUACUUGUUGAAAAGAUACAACAAAGAAAUCAUCACUGCUGAAGAGUUUGCUACCGCCGGAAGGUCAGUCAAAUCAGGUUUGAUCAGUGCUGCUGUUGUUUCAUCUUGGACUUGGGCUGCCACAUUGUUAACAUCAACUACACAAGCUUACAAAAAUGGUAUAUUCGGAUCGUGCAGUUAUGCAUUUGGUGCAACUGUGCAAAUUACCUUGUUUGCUUCAUUGGCAAUUAAAGCAAAAGAGAGAGCACCCCUGGCUAGAACUUACUUGGAGAUUGUUCGUGCAAGAUACGGCACUGUUACUCACAUUGUGUACAUCUUUUGGGGUCUAGCCACAAACAUCUUGGUCACUGCCAUGUUGUUGAGUGGUGGAUCGGCCACUGUACGUGACUUGACUGGUAUGCAUCCAGUGGCCGCUUGUUUAUUGAUUGGACUUUCGCCAACUGUGUACUCGGUUUUCGGUGGAUUGAAAGCUACAAUAUUAACGGAUUAUGCUCACACUGUGAUUAUGGUUGUAAUCAUCAUCAUAUUUGCAUUUAGCACUUGGGCAACCAACCACAAAUUGGGAUCACCUGGAGUUGUUUGGGAUUUGGUUACAAAGUUGGCUGAUACAAAGCCAGUAGAAGGUAAUCACGAUGGGUCUUUCUUGACUUUUAAUUCCAAAUCUGGAGGUAUUUUCUUUGUCAUCAAUAUUGUUGGAAAUUUCGGUACUGUGUUUUUGGAUAACGGUUAUUUCAACAAGGCUUUUGCUGCUAAUCCAGUAUCCGCUUAUAAGGGGUAUAUUUUGGGCUCUUUGGCUUGGCUUCCGAUUCCAGCAUUUUGUUCAUUGACAUUGGGAUUUGCCGCAUUAGCUUUGGAACAUACUGAUUAUUGGCCACUUGGUAGACCAAUGACAAGUGAUGAGGUUGCUGCUGGCUUAGUAUUACCAAACGCUGCAUCGGCUUUAUUAGGCAAAGGUGGGGCUGUGUUGGCUUUAAUCAUGAUUUAUAUGGCGGUCACAAGUGCAAUGUCAUCCGAAUUGAUUGCAGUAUCAACCAUUUCCACUUAUGACAUCUACAGAACCUACAUCAACCCUAAUGCCAGUGGUAAAAAAUUAAUCUUCAUUUCACAUAUAUCAUGUGCUGUUUUCGCUUAUGCAAUGGCUGGAUUCGCAAUUGGUCUUUAUUAUGCCAACGUUUCAAUGGGGUUCUUGUACGAGUUGAUGGGUAUUAUUAUUGGUGGCGCUGUGUUAAGUUCAGCAAUGACCAUCUUGUCUGCCAAGCAAAACUGGCACGCAGCUACGUUUACCCCACCAAUUGCCACAGCAUUGGCUAUUAUGGCCUGGUUGGUUGUUUGCAAAACCAAGUUUGGUUCUAUUACAUAUGAUAAUUUAUUCGAGGAUGACUCAAUGUUGACUGGUAAUGUCGUUGCUUUGUUGUUUCCUUUGAUUACGGUACCAUUGUUCACCCUCAUUUUCAAACCACAGAAUUUCAAUUGGAAGUUGUUGGAAACAAGAAUCACUCGUGUGGAUGAAGAGGAAGAGUUGAUGGAAGCAACCAAAUCUGACAAUUUCAAUGAUGAUGAAAAAUUGUCUCCAAUCAAAUCACAAAUUUCGGUAAUUGCCAGCCAGUUGGUGGAAGAAGAGAGGGAGCACUACACCGAAGAUCAACACACUUUGCAUCGUGCAUUCAAAAGAUGUGUUUUUGUUUGUUUAUUCUUGACUGUUAGUUUACUUGUCAUAUGGCCAAUGCCAUUAUAUGGAAGUAAAUACAUCUUUUCCAAAAAAUUCUUUACCGGUUGGGUGGUGGUGUUUUUCAUUUGGAUAUGGUAUACUGUUUUCCAAGUCAUUGUGUACCCCGUUUGGGAAGGAAGACAUAGUCUUUUCCAUACUGGAAAAGGUAUUUAUUGGGACUUAACUGGUCAAACUUAUAAAUUGAGAGAGUGGCAAAACUCUCAUCCAGAAGAAUUACACGCGGUUCAGUCACAAGUCAUUGCUCAAUUAUCGAAUCCACAAAUUGUGGAUGGUAAAGCUGUUGAGAUGAAUUAUGGUAACAUAGAUGAUGAGUUGUCAGAUGAGAAAAAAUAG